GGAGGGGUUGAGUACACGCUCAACGAAUGUGUUCCUUUCAAGAGAGGAAGAAUUUGCCUGCCUACUGAAACUCUGCAAAAAAAGUCAUCAUUUAAGAGUACCAAGGAGGGAGUGAGAGAGGUGCAGCUGAGAGAGACAGCCUCUUAGAGCUCUGAGGCAGAAGUGAUGGAUUCAGCUCGCCAAAAAGUGACAGUCUUCUAAAGGGCCAAAGGCAGCACACAGACCGCCCUGGACUUCACCACUUUCAAUAGAUUCCAUCAGGUAGCUGAAGUUAGCAUUGUUUCUUACAGUUGUUUGAUCCUUCAUCUGGAAGUCAAGCUUAUGUGAGGCACAUGAUAGCUUUUUUAAUAAACGCCUUGAAACAACGUGUACCUGUCUACUGCUGGAAUGGACCAAGGUGACAGAAAGUGAGUAACCAGACUGGGACAGAGCACCGGAGGACGAAGCUGGGUCACGAGGAAUGACUUUCUAUCAAAAGGAACUACAGUUGGCUCAGCCAGGAGAGCAAGGCAACUGAGGGAGUCUCAUCAAUACGUGUCAGUUUUUCUUGCUUGGUGUGUUGGACCAAAUCUAAUGGAUACCCCGUCAAUGGUCCUGCUGGGGCUCCUUGCAUAUGGCCUUGUCUGUCAGAUUCAAGGGAGUGGUUCAGACAGCCGCCACAGUAGUGCAGGGGCCCAAGAAUUUGAGAGUAGUGAUGAUGGCUUUGAGAGAGAAUUUUUCUAUGCCGGUAGGAGCAAACGUGCUCCUGCUGCUGAACAGCAGCAGGACAAGUGUUCUUACACUUUCAUUGUGCCACAACAAAAAGUAACGGGGGCUAUCUGUGUCAACUCCAAGGAGCCAGAGGCCACGCUGGAGAAUCGGGUCAACAAGCAGGAGUUAGAGUCGCUAAACGUGGAGCUCCAGAAACAAAAGAGCCAGAUUGAGACUCUACAACAAUUGGUAGAAGUAGAUGGAGGCAUCGUUAACGAGGUCAAGCUUCUGAGAAAAGAAAGUCGAAACAUGAAUUCUCGAGUUACCCAGCUGUAUAUGCAACUGCUCCAUGAGAUCAUCAGGAAAAGAGACAAUGCCCUUGAAUUAGCACAGAUGGAGAACAAAAUCCUUAACCAAACUUCCGAGAUGCAGCAGCUCACCGGUCGCUACAGAGACUUGGAACAUAAGUACCAACAUCUGGCUUCUUUGGCCACUAACCAGUCAACUCUUAUUGCCCUGCUGGAGGAGCAGUGCCAGGGUCAGCCUCCUUCCAGACACGUCCCUGUGGCACAGCCGCGAUCUCAACCACCUCGGCCAUCACCACCUCUCAACAAGCCUUACCAGCCACCAGUCCUACCUCGCAUCACCAAACCACUCAGCAAUGAGAUACAGAAUGAUCAGAAGUCUCUGCCACCUCCAACUAUGCCUACAAUUACACACGAUCCAUCUUCCACUGACAAACCCUCUGGUCCAUUUAAAGACUGCCUGCAGGCUCUGGAAGAAGGUCACACCAACAGCGGCAUGUACUUGUUAAAACCGGAGAAUGCCAAUCGUCUAAUGCAGGUGUGGUGUGACCAGAGACAUGAUCCAGGUGGUUGGACCGUAAUCCAGAGGCGAGUGGAUGGCUCUGUCAACUUUUUCAGGAACUGGGAGACAUACAAGCAAGGGUUCGGAAAUAUCGAUGGCGAGUACUGGCUCGGCCUGGAAAAUAUCUACUGGCUGACUAACCAGGCAAACUACAAACUGCUAGUAACACUGGAGGACUGGUCCGGCCGCAAAGUGUUUGCAGAGUACGCCAGCUUCCGAGUGGAGCCCGAGGCUGACUUCUAUAAGCUAAGGUUGGGCCGUUACCACGGCAACGCCGGCGACUCCCUCACUUGGCACAACGGGAAACAGUUCACAACACUGGAUAGAGACCAUGACACGUAUACAGGUAAUUGUGCCCACUACCAGAAGGGAGGCUGGUGGUACAACUCUUGCGCCCAUUCUAAUUUAAAUGGAGUCUGGUACAGAGGAGGACACUACCGAAGCCGCUAUCAAGAUGGGGUCUACUGGGCCGAGUUCAGAGGGGGAGCCUAUUCCCUAAAGAAAGUGAUCAUGAUGAUCCGGCCAAACCCAAACACUUUCCACUAGCUAUCAAAAUGCAUUUUACCAGGAAUAUAAAACAACACGCACACACGUAAAGGAUGCAGAGUGUAUUUAUCAACAUACAAUUUACUUUUCAUCGUUCUUAGUAAUGGUACAUUACUCAGGUACAUCAGUGUAUAAUGCAUCCAUACAUCCAUCCAUUUUCUACCGCUUGUGCAGUUUACUUGAAAUGUUCCCUGCCUAAAAAUAAAUAUGUUAUAUGAGCAAACAAAGACAUGCUACAUUUACACAAAGAUCACAGGCAGACUUUCAGUUGAAACAAAAGACACCUACUUCUACUUUCUUAAGCACACAACAAUGUAAAUAUCUCUCUUUUCAGGUAAAAAUCAAUCAAUAGGAAAAGAAGUGCAAUCAAGCUUUAUGCCAGUGAUUCUCACACUGUGGUACCUCAGCUUGAGGUACCCCAAACAAUCACUUAAUCACAUAUUUAAACACAGUGUUAUUGUUCAAAAAAAUAUCAACUAUACUUGUUAGAUACAACUUCUGCCUUGUUUUUAAUGAAUACUUGGAAUACGCAACUGUAUUCAAACGUUGGUCAUUAUGGUGGUAUUUGGAGAACCGAGUGUUUUCCGAGGUAUUACUCGGUGAAAAAAGUUUGAGAACCACUGCUUUGUGCGGUAUUUCAAAAUACACUACAUGGCCCUAAUGCAGUGGUUCUUAACCUUGUUGGAGGUACCAAACCCCACCAGUUUCAUAUGCGCAUUCACCGAACCCUUCUUUAGUGAAAAAUACAAUGUUUUUUUUUUCAAAUUCAAGAUAAAGUUAUAUGUUUUUGGUAACACUUUAGUAUGGGGAACAUAUUCUAAGUAAAAAAGACUUAAUUUAGAGUUUUUUGGACACUAGGGUAACAUAUUCUAAGUAACAAAGACUUAAUUUAGAGUUAUUUGGUUAGGGUUAGGGUUAGGGCCAGGGUUAGAGGGUUAGGGUUAUAAUAAGGUCUUGCAGAAUAACGCAUUAAUAAGUACUUAAUAAUGACUAGUUAAGAGCCAUUAUGUUACUAAUUUGCAUGUUAAUAAGCAACUAAUUAAUGGUGAAUAUGUUCCCCAUACUAAAGUGUUACCAUGUUUUAUUACUGGUGCACGAAAUGAACCGUGCAUGAACAUCACCUCGUUCAAAGAACAAAACCAACACAAAUUACACACCUGCAAAUCAGUCUGACUUCUGCUGUUGCCAUAUCUGUAAUACGUCGAUAGGGAGAAGUUUUUAUUUACAGGAUGAGUCGGGUGUGUUUUGACCUCCGCCGAACCCCUGAGCCCGACUCACCGAACCCUUAGGGUUCGAUCGAAACCAGGUUAAGAACCAAUGUGAUACAUUGCCACAAAUAAGACUCUUGAUAAUGUUUUGUCUGCAUUAAAAAUGACGUAACAUAAAAUGUUUAAAAAGUCAUUAUUAGAGUCUUGAAUUCACAUAUGUUACACCUAUUCAGUUGACCUUUGUGUGACAGAAAGACAAAUGUUAUACAUAAAUGCAAUCCUAUUAAAAAGGGAACAUUAUGAAAAAUGUCCACACAUUGUAUGAAGUACCAGUGACACAGGAAACCUAUCCCAUGGCAUUUUUCUUUAUUUAAAUAUAAGUGUAUAAUUAAUCAAUGCAGCAAUAUUGUUUGGUUUUCAUGGGUUGGUAUAGGGGCCAAAAUCAUAAUACAUGUAAUAUUGCAAUUUUCAUGUCUCCCAACAGAUGACAUUGUGACAAUGUUUUCUUUGCCUGAUUGAAUCGUUAUUUACUAAUUGGCUUGUAUGAAACAAGCAUUGUAUUUACUGUAUAAAUCUAGAGGUUUGUUGAUGUCAAUGGAUCCAACACAUUGCGUUUGUACAUAAGAUAUUUGUAAUAUAAAUGUAGUAAAUCUGUUUAUGUUAUGUUUAAAUUGCAAUAAAACAUGUACA